UAGAUAAUUAUAGCCAAAAAAAAUCAAAAGAAAAAAGAAAAAAAAAGUGGGAAAUUUGGAUGGCGUUGUUGGUGAUGGGCUGCUCCGGCGAGGGUUCGGCGACGAAGACGAUGGCGAUGGAGGGAAUCAUGGAGGGGAUUUUCUCGGAGGACGUGGACCGGCGGAUCGGGGCGGCGAAGGAGAUCCGGCGGCUCACGAAGACGUCGACGAAGCACCGGCAGCAGCUCUCCGGCUCCAUCGAACCUCUCGUGUCGAUGCUACGUUGUGGCGAUCCGGAAGCCACCGAAGCCGCCAUCCUAGCCCUCCUUAACCUCGCCGUGAAGGAUGAAAGGAACAAGAUCAAAAUAGUGGACGCAGGUGCUCUUGAGCCACUUGUUGAGUUUUUACAAUCAGCAGAUAUGACUUUGCAGGAGUAUGCCACUGCUGCUCUUCUCACCCUGACAGCUUCUUCUGCCAACAAACCAACUAUCAGUGCUGUUGGUGCGAUCCCCAUCCUCGCCAAAAUCCUUAAAGAUGGAAAUCCUCAAGCAAGGAUUGAUGCAGUUAGAGCCCUUUAUAAUCUCUCCACGCUUCUGGAGAAUGUCAAUACAAUUCUCGCUAGCCAGCCCAUUCCGGCUUUAGUUAACUUGCUUAAGAGCUGCAAGAAAUCAUCCAGAUCUGCUGAGUAUUGCACUGCUCUUUUAGAAUCAUUAUUAAACUUUGAGGAGGCAAGGAAUGCGCUGACAGCAGAGGAAGGCGGAGUUCUAGCAGUUGUCGAAGUUCUUGAGGAGGGAUCACCUCAAAGUAAGGCGCAUGCAUUGGGAGCUCUUCUAACAAUGUGUGAGAGUGAUCGAAGCAAAUACCGAGAAGUGAUUCUCAAAGAAGGGGUGAUACCAGGCCUUCUGGAGCUGACAGUCCAUGGAAGCCCCAAGGCUCAAUCAAAGGCUCGAACACUCCUACAAUUACUGAGGAACUCUCCGUAUCCCAGACCAGAGCUACAAGCAGAUACUCUUGAGAACAUUGUCUGCAACAUUGUGUCCAAAAUUGACAAUGAUGACCGUGCGGAGAAAGCAAAGAAGAUGCUUGCUGAGAUGGUGCAAGUCAGCAUGGAGCAGAGCCUGAGGCACAUGCAACAGAGGGCCAUAGUCUGCACUCCAGCUGAGCUGCCUCUUGCUAAUCGCCCGGCUCGGGUUCCUUCAAAAUAGUGGAUCCUUUUUCACCUUCUGUCAAUAACUCCGCUGUGGAUUAAAUUUUCUGUAGAGAAUAGGAAAGAAUAACAUAGAUGCCAGUCCAGGCCAUGUUGGUAUCAGGUGACUGGUAAUGAAAGCAUUGAUAUGAAUAAGUAUGUAUGUUGUGUGCUCCCCUGAUGGAACUUCUUGUACAAUAAACUUGAUACUUUGUUUUCAUAUCCAACAGUGGAUACCUUGGUAAACAUUUGGAAAUCAUAAUCAACAAAAUUGUUAAAUUA